AUGUUCUUCCUGCGUUAUCUCGAAAGAGAGAUCAGUAUCCAUCCAUCCUUCUUUAGCAGCAGCAUACAUCAGAGGUUGAAGGAUCAACUCUAUGCGGACCUGGAGGGGAGCUGUAAUGGAGAGUACUACAUCGUAUGCAUAAUGGACAUCUACAAUAUCUCUCCAGGAAGAGUCAGGCCGGGUUCGGGAGAAGCUCAUUUUACAAUUCUUUACCGCGCCAUUCUUUGGAAGCCGUUCAAGGGCGAGACGAUUGACUGUGCUGUCUCCUCGAUCAAGGCUCAAGGAGUCUUUUGCGAAGCAGGACCACUCACAGUGUUUGUGUCAAAAAUGCAUCUGCCACCUGAUAUGCGACACAAUCCAGAUGCGACUCCACCACAAUAUUCCAACAACGCAGGAGAUGUCAUCGAGAAAGGUUCGGCGGUGAGAGUCCAACUGAUUGGGCUGCGAAGCGACGUGGGCAAUAUGUACGCCGUCGGAAAGAUGUCGGCUCAAUGGUUUGGUGCUUCAUGA